CACUGGCGCUUUGAUGACUCCAGUCUGACGUGUAAACUGAACGAGCCGCUUCGCCAGUAGGUUAGAUCGAAAGUCGUCGUGUGGCUGUGCCCGGAGCCCGGGAAGCGGUCUCUCUCUUUCUCUCUUUCUCUCUUUCUCUCUCCCCCCCUUUCUCUCUCUCUCUCGCGUUCAAGCAUCGUGACGAUCAUGCUCGAUCUUUUCACAAUAUUCAGCAAGGGUGGCAUAGUGCUCUGGUGCUUCCAGAGCACGUCACAGAUUUUCGCGCCCAGCGUCAAUGCCCUGAUAAGAAGUGUUAUACUGCAGGAACGUACGGGAAAUCACAGCUUCGAACAUGAUUCCCUGCGACUGCAGUAUAAACUCGACAACGAGUUCGAGCUGGUGUUUGUGGUGGCGUAUCAGAAGAUACUGCAGUUAUCAUACGUGGACAAGUUCCUGAAUGACAUCCACUUAGAGUUUAGAGAUCGCUUCAAGAACGAGCUCGAGAGCUCGAGCUGGUUUACCAACUUCGAGUUCGAGCAAGCCUAUCGUAUGGUGCUCGAGCGAGCUGAGCACUGGUCGCGCUCACAGGCUAAGAUACCGAAGCAAAUGCGCACCUUCGACGAGAGUCAAAAAUCCAAAAAGACUGUCGCUAGUAUGAUCGACAGAAAGGACGACAAGGACGAUAAGAAGCCUGGUAAAAAGAAGAAAGCGAAUAACUGUAAUGGGGAAUAUCAUACCAAAAUUCAGGAUAUUCCGAAGCAGGAGUUGCCGAAGCAGCAAGUGGAACAUAAUGGGGAACUCAAUGAAGAAACACUGAUCACCAAUCGUAUGAAGCUCGCUCAGAAAAUGGCGGGGCAAAAGAAGAAAGCUGACAAGCAGAAAAGUCCUAAACCUGAGAAAGCAGGCAAGAAACCGCGCAUCUGGGAACUGGGUGGCACAACCAAGGAUCUUGCUACACUAGAGCGAACUAGAGACAAGCCCGAAGAAAAUGAUGAUUACGUGGCAGCCAAUACAGCUCUAGUUGGACAGAUGAAAGGUGGUAUACGCGAUCUCGAGGUGAACAGCGAAUCUGAGGAUAGUUCGGACGAGGAAGAGUUUGAGCAAUCCAAGCAACAGAUGCAGAAGAAAACGAGUAUGUUCUCCAUGUUCAAGAGUCUGGUGGGCAGCAAAUCUCUAAAGCAGGAGGACAUGUUGCCGGUUUUGGAGAAACUGAAGGAUCAUUUGAUCACUAAGAAUGUCGCCGCGGACAUCGCGCAGAAGUUGUGCGAUUCUGUCGGCACAAAGCUGGAAGGAAAAGUACUUGGCACCUUUGACAGCGUGGCAAACACUAUCAAGGCCACCCUGACGGACGCCUUGGUACAGAUACUGUCGCCCAAGAGGAGAAUCGAUAUUCUUCGAGACGCUCUAGAAGCGAAGAAGAGUAACAGGCCUUACGUGAUGACUUUCUGUGGUGUCAAUGGUGUCGGCAAGUCGACGAAUUUGGCCAAAAUCUGCUUCUGGUUGAUAGAAAAUAAUUUCCGCGUGUUGAUAGCCGCAUGUGACACAUUCAGAGCUGGAGCUGUCGAGCAACUGAGGACACAUAUGCGACACCUCAACGCUCUACAUCCACCAGAGAAGCACGGGAAUCAAUCGAUGGUGCAGCUAUACGAGAAGGGUUACGGCAAGGAUGCCGCGGGUAUCGCCAUGGAAGCGAUACGCUUUGCGAAGGAUUCCAGGAUUGACAUUGUCCUGGUCGACACUGCCGGUAGAAUGCAGGACAAUGAACCGUUGAUGCGAGCUCUGGCAAAGCUGAUUAAAGUGAAUGAGCCAGACUUGGUAUUAUUCGUUGGGGAGGCCCUCGUCGGCAACGAGGCUGUGGAUCAGCUGGUGAAAUUCAAUCAGGCCUUGGCUGACUACAGUCAAUCUGCCAAUCCUCAUAUGAUCGACGGUAUCGUCUUGACGAAAUUCGAUACGAUCGAUGAUAAAGUCGGUGCAGCUAUCACAAUGACGUACAUCACUGGUCAACCUAUUGUUUUCGUUGGAACCGGCCAAACUUACACCGAUCUGAAAUCAUUGAAUGCCAAAGCGGUGGUACACGCUUUGAUGAAAUAAAAAGUGUUAACAAGCAAUAAUAAACCUCUACAGGCGUUUUAUCUGUAACAUGCGUAGAUUUUAUUCAAGGUUUGUUAUACACCGAUAUUACGAGCUCUUGUAUUACUUUCGGGACUGAGUUGGAUUAUUGUCUGGCCAGACCGUCGGAAUAAGAAUUAAAGGGAAAGUCAAGAUAGAGUAACUCUGGUCUGAUAAGUAAAUGUAAGAAGCCGACUGUACAAUAUUUCGCGAGGAAUCGCGCUGUUGUUACGAAAAUACAAAAAAAAAGAAUCUAGUAGGGAAAAGAAAGGAGACUGAUCGCGCUCUCAGUUGUAUUAGGUUACCGCAAACGGGUGUAUUUGUCAAAUAAAGUUGGAUAUUUCACAGUUUA